AUGACCACUUUCCAGGAACAGACUCCAGUCAAGACUUCCAGAGAUGUGCCUCGGAUGUACAAGGGGGAAGUGCGACAUCUGUUUAUUCCGUCCAACAUGUCCAACCAAGCAUGUCUUCCUUUGCCCGGCAACGAUCCUCCUACGGGAGAAGAGCAUCGUGAGACAUGGUGUCCCAACGCCCCGCUCCCUGCCGAGACCUCAGCAAGCAAUCCGGAGGAAAGCGUCAAGGGGGUGGCAAACAAAGCGAUUGGCACGGCGGCAUACUCUGCAAAUCGCAAGCGAACAGCCAAGGGGAUUAAGAAGCAGAAGUGA